AUGGACGUUAAUAAAAAUGAAGAAAAUAACAUGAUGAACUUGGACGGGCUCCAGGUGGAGUCUUCCUCCAAAGAGGAGGCGAUUCGGGUGUGCACCCGUAUAAGGCCCCUAUUCGAGAAGGAAAUCAACAGCGGCCACUUGAAAGCGUGGAAAAUGAACGAAACAGACAUGCAGCUAGUAGUCGAGCCGCUCUCCCUGACCGAGAUGAUCAACGCAAGGGUCCAGAAGAAGGGAAACAAAGUGGAGUUCAAGAAAAAUGUGGAAAAGUCCGAGGGGCAAAAGGCCGUCUUGCAGCGGUACUACGCGUUCGACCGGUGCUUCGACGAAAACGUUGGAAAUGAAGAGGUGUACAAGCACCUAGCUAGAGAUAUCGUCCUGGAUACAUUUAAAGGGAUAAACGGGUGUAUCCUGGCUUAUGGGCAGACGGGGUCAGGAAAGACACACAGUGUGAUGGGGGUGCCCACAGACCCAGGUAUGCUACCAAGAUCACUGGCGGAAUUCUUCAACGGUAUUGAAAAUCCAUCCUCAUUGAAUGACGAUAAUAGUGAGAGUAUCGAUGCGGAUGACGAAUCGAAUAACAACACAAAAGAAUUUUUGAUGAGCGUGACUUACCUGGAAGUGUACAUGGAGAGAGUUAACGAUUUGCUACAAGAAGGAUACAGAGGAGGGGCAACUGAAAAUUUGGAUGUGAAGGAAGACCCCAAGAGGGGUUUCGUUGUGAUAGGAGUACAAGAAGAAACAGUAACGUCCAUAGAUGAAGUAAUGCUUCUAGUUGCUAAAGCUGAACAGCGGAGACACAUUUCGCAGACCAAUUUUAACGAAACGUCGUCCAGAUCUCAUACCAUUUUUACGGUCAUACUGGAAUCUAAUCAGGUGCUAAGCGAUGGCACGUCAAUUAACAAAAGGGGGGAAUUAAAGAUAGUCGAUUUGGCAGGUAAUGAAAGAGCAGGAAGAGCAGCCGAAGGAAUAGAAAAUGCGAAGACGUUGAUAGAAGAAGGAAAGGCUAUAAAUAAAAGUCUGUUCGUUUUAAGUGAAGUCAUUUCUAAGUUGUCCAAAAGAGCUCAGGCAAUAGCAGCAGGAGAUGAAAAAAAAAUAAAAAAAAUUCAAGAAGAUUUAGUUUUCAUACCAUGGAGGGAUUCCAAGUUGACAAGAAUUUUGAGUAAAAGUUUAGGAGGAAAUUGUCGUGCUUCUGUCAUUGUUGCUGUUCAUCCUUCUCAUUUUUAUCUCGACACCUCCUUCUCUACUCUCCGUUUCGCAUUAAAGUGUAAAACAAUUAAGAAAAAAAUCGAAGUGAACUACCUCUCAGCGGAGCAGUCAGUUAUUAUGCAACAAAAGGAGUUGAUAGCCAAGCUGCAGAAUCAGCUGAAGAAUUUGGCAACCACCAAAAAUGUAGACAACCAUCUCCUCAUGGGGGGAGAGAAAAAUAAUGUAUGUGUUAGAAACCCAGAAGAUGAUGAAAAAAUAUUAGCCUUAAAACACGAAUUGGAAGAAAAAGUGAAGAAAUUUCAAAAUUUUAUUUUAAAAUCUGAGCUCCAUGUACAUCCAAAUAACUACAGCACGUUGAGGUCUAUGGAUGGCAAUACGGAGAAGUCGCUGAAAUAUUCUAUGACCAUAAAUCAUAAUAUAAAAAAUGAAUAUACGUGGCUUAGGUCCUUUGAUACACAUGAAUAUGACUCCAAGUGGGAUGGGAUGGAUAAGUAUGAAGACCAGAAUGAUCAGGAAAAUAUUAACAUCUCCAAAGCUAUGGAUUACUUGAAGAAUAAACCUCCAUAUAAAUUAAAUUCUUCUGAAAUGAGUGAAGACGCUAUGUCUGAUGAAUCUCAGAAAGACGAUUUAAUUUCUCUCAAUUAUUAUAAUGAAUUGGAAGAGCUAGAACGGCUGGAGAAGAAUGAGUUAAGUAGGAGGAAGAGGAAGGAGAAGGGAGAUGUCGCCACCAGCAACACUUCUGCCAAUAGGGUGUAUGGAGAGCUCAGAAAGUUAAGCACCAUGGAACACUCCAACCUGGUGGAUGAGAACGAGAAGGGGGAGGGAGGAAAGGGGAAAAAGGCCAAGAAGAAGAAAGGGAAAAAAGCGAACAACGCGGAUGCUCCAAAUAGGGAGGCGGCAGAGUCGGGGAAGGGCAAAGACAAGGAUAAGGACAAGCCGAAGGGUAGGGGGAACAGAGGUGGGACAAACCACCUGAGGAAGAAAAAAACGGUCAAUGAUGGCAAGUUCAAAAGGGAAUCCUUUGGGAAAGCGGCUGGCGCGCAAAAGGGGGGCAGCGAAGAAAAUGCCAGGAGCGACGGGAGUGAACUCACUGAGGGGAGCGAUAUGGAUGACACCCGCGACGAAAAUAACCAGACAAGUCAUGAGGAAAAUAGGCAGACCAGUCGUGAGGACCAUGAUUUGGGCGAGGGAGAGGUCAAGUGGGAAGGCGGAGCCGACAUGGUGAAACGGGCGUCCUCUGUAAGCUUCGCCCAACCGAGGGAGCAAGACGACAACGAAAAAAGGACCUCCAUCAUCUCCAACUUGAAGGAAAAAAUUGAAGAAGACCUUAAAAAGAAAAAAAAAAUAAUCAGCAGAAAUGUCGAGCUGAACAAGCAAAUCAAAUUUAUUAUGAAGCUCAUGCAGAAGGUCGGUCUGUCGACCAUCUUGACAGGCACGGUGCCUCCAGGAAGGAACAUAGAAAAUGUGUUGCAGCUGCAGGAGAAUUUGAGAGAAGAUUUGAAGUUAUGCGAUACGAAGAAAUCGAUGGAGUUGAUCAAUGGAGACAAGGACGAUUCGGCUGCAAGGCGUCGUCAUCUAAACGACCGCGGUGUAGAAAUGGUGGAGGGAGAGGAAGAGCUGCUAAGUGGUACAUUCGACGACAACGAACAUGAAGCGGAGUACAAUGAGUCCAUAUCACACGUUUUCAUAAAUGAAAUGUUUUUCUCAUUUGUCCUGAGAAUUCAACAGAGGCAUGACCCAAAUGCGGAAGAGUUAAAAAGGGUGGAUGAGGUACUAAAAAGUGAAGAAAAACCAUAUGAUGUGUCGAAGAAGGCAUUGGAAGACAUACUCGGAAGCACCAUCGCAAAUAAGGUGGAUAAGCAUGAGGAAGGAAACCCAAUAAAGAAUAUAAAAGAUGAAAAGAGCAGCAAAACUAUUGACUCCAUUCUGACAAUGCUUACACCAUGGGAACAGAAAAUAUUGGCGCUACUAUACGAACAACAGAAAAUGAGACAAACUGUGCAGAAGAUGAAGGAGAAAUUUUCACAGCGCAUUCAAAAUAUUAACAUUUUCAUUAAAAAAAUAUUAACCGAUAAGGUCGAAGUGGAAAAACAUUUCAAUCGAAUUAUUAAAGCGACAGAAGAUUACAAAAAUGAUCUACUGAAGACAGCAGAUGUAGAUUCUAACUUCAAGUUUGCAGGGAUGAUGAAAAAGCUAGAAGAAUUGUCCAUAUCGCUUGCAGAAAAAACCAGGGAUUUCAAUGUCUUGGCUGAAUUUCACCUAAACUUGAGAAAACAAAUGGAGAAGAAGGAUGCGCUCAUUAAGGACCUACGAGAAGAGAACAAGCUGUUUUAUCUGGUCCCGAAAUAUAAUGAGCUGCUACAGGAGUUAAGUGUGCAGGAUGAACAAACCAGUGAAGCGGCAAAGGAACUGAAGAGGGAGUUUCUUCUCAUGUAUGGACGAUUAAUGCUCUCCAGAAAGAAACUACAAGAAAAGGAAGUAAUCGAAAAUGACAUGAGAAACUUGAAUAAAAAAAUUUACACCGAGUUGGUAGAAUCCAUAGCCAUCAUCAAAAAUCUGGAAGCGCAAAACAGGUUUUUAGAAUUUAAGUUAAAUAUGGAGAAUAAGAAAAAAGUGGAGAAGAUGAAGAAGCUGAUGAGGGAGAAGGAGAUGCUCAAUAAGAUUGUAGGUGCGAUGGAGAAAAUGCUCGAGGAAGCCAACAUCGAUGCAAGUGAGGUGAAGAAUGAAAUUAUGGCUAGCUACAACAAUGAAGAUCUGUCGAUGGUCGACGUGCAGAGUGAGGACGAAGGGGCCAAAAGGAAGAAGCCCAAGGAGAAGGGAAAGGAAAAGAAAAAGGGAAAAGGAACUGAACAGGGUAGCAAAAAGGGAGGCAGAAUUGGCCGUAGAGUUGACUCCAACGAUGAGGGCCCAAAUGAAGUCCAAAAUGAUGCCGAAAGGGACUCGAGGAAAAAAAAAGAGCUUCAUGAAAGUGCACCCCAGGAAAUUGCGCCCAAGGGCAAAGCCCCCCCGAAGAGGCAACAAAAAAAGGAGGCAACUUUCAAACGCGCCUAUUCUGCAGAAAAAAUCAUCAAAAAACAGGUGAGCAGGAUAGACACCAAUUUGUCCAUCAAGAGGGCUGGCGUGAAAAAAGGGACCUCUCGGGAUAGAGGCGGUUUAAGUGGUAUGAGUCGCUUGCGUGAAAGUGUGAAAGACAGCACACUGAAAAGACACGACACAGUUGAAAUUAACAAAAAAAGUGUGAACAAGGUUAAAAAAAAAGUGGGUAACGACUCGGGGGAUGCAGGUACGUCUGAGAAUCUUAAGUCCAAAAAUAGCAUUGCCAAAAAAAUGGGCAAAACAAAGAUACAAAAUAGUGAUUUAGAAGAAGUGAAAACUUUGGUCGACUUAAUCCCAAGCAACAGCGUCGAAAAGAAGAUGAAGAAGAGGAAAAAAAAAGUUGUUAAGGGGAAAAAAAGAAACCUGUUAAAAUACUUAAACAGAGGGCAUAGCAACAGGGAUAGGGAAAAUAUGGAAACUGUGCUGUCCGAAGAAAAUGAAUUUCAGGACUACAAAAAUGGUAGCUCCACGACGGACUGCGAAGCGAACGAAAUGCGCAACAUACUGAACCUGGAAAUUGAGAAGAAAAAGAAAAUAAGCAAGUGA